GCCGCCGGAGCCCGUCAGGGAGUGAGGAGGGACGGCCCCAGCGGCGGCGGCGGAGCUCCAGAGUCCGAGCUGCGGACCGAGGCCAUGCCGUGCCGGAGGGAGGAGGAGGACGAGGACGACGAGGCGGCGGCGGCGGCUGGAGAGGAGGACGACGAGGGGGAGGGGGAGGAAGAGGAGAGCUUCCUCGUGCUGCAGCAGUCGGUGACUGUUGGGGGCUCGGGGGACGUGGACAGGCUGGUGGCCCAGAUCGGAGAGGCACUGCAGUUGGACCCGGCGCACGGGAGCCGGCCCGCCCACCGGGGAUCCCUGACGCGCAAGCAGCCGCAGCCGCCGCCGCCGCCGCAGCCUCUCCAGCCCCCAGUCCUGCAGUUGCUGCUGCCUCCGGGACCGGCUCCGGCGUCCCUGCAGCCGUCGGGACCGCUGCAGUGCCCUGGGAACGGGGCCGGCGCUGCCCUGUCCUGGGCGAGCGACGUGGGCGCCGUCGCGCCCCUUCCGUCGCGCGUGCCGUCGAGUCCCUGCGUCCCAGGGGGGGCACCGGGCCGGAGCAGCACCUCUGCCCCGCACAUCUGCAAGCGGGGCUUCCCGCAGCCGCUGGCGGGCCCGUGCCGGCGCACUUGGCUUCGAGGCGCCGCGGCCUCCCGCCGCCUGCAGCAGCAGCACCACCACCAGCACCCCCAAUACCGGUAUCGAGGGCAGCCGGGACUCCGGGCCGGAGAGGAUGACCCCCACCAGCUUCUGCAGCAGCUUGUCCUCUCGGGGAACCUCAUCAAAGAAGCCGUGAGGCGGCUCCAUUCCCGUCGACCCAGGCUGUAUCUUGGGGCUAGGGCCCCUUUGCCCCAGGAGCCUCCUCCCCCUCCUCCUUUGCCCCUGGCUGUACAGGAGGAUGAGGCAGAAGGGACUCUAUCUCCCUGCAGUCCUCGACGACCAACCUGCUCCAACCCGGAGGGCCUCCGAAGCCAGCUACUGCACAGACUCGCAGAUGGCAUCUUGGUCCCAGGCAGCUAGUGAGCUCAGCAGGUUAAGGGGCAAGAAGAGGGAUGGCUGAGAGCCUGAAAGCCCAAGCCCCGGGGACUGAUAUAAAUGAACUUGGACUGGGGAACAGGGGUUUCAAGGCAAAGGGAACGGGUACUUUUUUCAAGGUUAUAGGGGGUGAUGAAGGGUGAUGUAGAAUAGAACUAUAGUCUGGGAGGUUUGUGGGGGAGUGCUUAGCAAACUAAGGCCUCAUUGGGCUGAGAAUUAGAGCCCCUAGGUCUAAUUAGGAUGAAUAUAUCCUAUUUAUAGACAGACUACACUACUGACCCAAGAGCAUCAGCAGAAGAUACUCUUAACAUUAGUGGUGCUGACUUGCACAGAGCCAUCCACAUAGCACGUUUGCCUGGUUGCCAUGUGACCAACAGCAUACCUUCUGCAAGACUCCUUAUCUGGACACCUCUAUGGGUGCCUUUGGAACAGAGCUGUUUUUUUCUUCUGUGCAAUAUUAACUGGUCUUUUAAGAGGAAUUACACCUUCCAUCUUGGCCUCCUUAGCAUAUGUUCUAUUCCACAGGAGCUAACCAUUAGGGAUGAACUCAGAAUGGAGAAUUAUUCCAGUUACCUGCUUUGACUUGACCCAGUUUGUUUUCACUACUGGUAGCUUUCUUUGACUCAUUGGGGGUGGGAGGGGGGGAGUGGGAAGGGAGAGGAGGGUUUAAGAGCAACAAGAAGAAACAAGGUGUCUUAACCUGACUUGAAAACUUGAUAGCAUUUUCCAAGUUAUAUUUGGUUCUCUGAAUUGUGGAUUUUUACUGCAUGAAUACAAUCCUAUAAAAUGUAAAUGUGAGGAAAAAGAAAAUGAGUAAAAGCUUGGGUGGGGUGGCCUGAAGCAGAUUGCCUGCCAACCUCCUUCUUUUACUCUUUGCUUUGCAGCAGCCUGAUGUUUCUAAGGCUAGCUCACAUUAGGUCGUGGUAGGGAAUGAAAAGGAGAAAGGAUUUGUUUGUAGGGAAGGAAGAAUUCGAGUUUCCACAUCUGUCUGUCUAGAGUAGUUUUUGAAAAUCUUCCUUUUCAAUCUGUUCUGAAGAUCCUGGUUUUCCACACAUGGUGCUGUGGUUCUCUGGGUAAGGGAGUAACUGUAUGUACUGCACCUCCUCCAAGGGAGCCCUGUGUUUUGAAACUGCUAAGAGUCUCCUGAGGACAUGCACCUUCUGCUUGUAGCUACUAGUUGGGAGGGAGACCUGUGUGCUGUACAUGUGUUCAUGUACACGUGUGUGCACAUGUCCACAGACUUCUGAAUUGACACUGCUCCCACUUUUGCUGCUCCUUUCUUUUUUGGCCAGAUAGUGGAAUGUCUUAUAACCUGUCACAAUACUGACAGUUAUUAAGAUUUCCUUUCUCUCUAGGACAUUCUUCUUGUUUAUAUUUUCAGGCCAUUUAGUAGAGGUCCCAGUAUACUAAGAAAGAGGCCCAUUUGAGUGUGUUUGUCUUUGAGGCUAUUUGUGAUGUCUCCUGCAGCUCCCCCGAAUGAAUGGGGUUUGUUUCUCUUGUCUCCUUCCCAUCCCUCACUUUUUUGAGUGAACCCAGUAUUUUGAAAAUGUGAUGCUCUGCAUAGAAAAACCUGCAAGCCUUUUCUUUUAAGAUGGCUCAAAUAUUUGUUUUUUUGUUAUUUGAAGUUUCAAUGGCUUGGUCAUCAUCCAGAUGUGGCUAUUGAUGUGUGUGGAUGUGUGCUUUGUGUGAACAUCACCUACACACUCAUCCUUACACACAUACACUUCGCAGCGGAGUGUUUGAAAUUGUGGUGGUCCUGAUUUAUAGGAUUCUAUCUUUACUGAAGUGAUCUCUGUGUUCAAUAAAGUUGUUUUUUGUUUUC